AGGACUUCACUGAGCGGGUUGUUAGCGUCUUUUUUCCGGUAACAUUGAAAUGGGCGGGUUGAGCCCACGGAAAAUAUGAGUCCGCCCCCACAACAUAAGAAGCCUAGGGCCGAGAGUUACGCGUUCCAGGAAGACACUUCAGAAAAGCUAAACCUUACGCAACAAUGAGCUACCCUGGAUAUCCACAACAGGCCGGCGGCUACCCUCCACAGCCUGGAAUGUACCCUCCCCAAGCCGGGGGUUACCCCCCCCAAGCCGGGGGUUACCCUCCCCAAGCCGGGGGUUACCCUCCCCAAGCUGGUGGGUACCCGCCUCAAGCUGGGGGCUAUCCUCCACAAGCCGGGGGCUAUCCUCCACAAGCCGGGGGCUACCCUCCACAAGCCGGGGGCUACCCUCCCCAAGCCGGGGGCUACCCACCCCAGGGGGCAGGCGGAUACCCUGCCAUGCCACCAGCGGGCAGUUGGGGAGGAGGGCCUACCGGAGGAUACCCCGCCAUGGGUCUUGACAACAUGUCCUACCCAGGGUACGGUCCCGCCAUGGCUAACCCGAUCUCCUCGUCCAUGGGGGGUUACCCUCCUAACCCUCCUGCCUUCUCGCAAGCCCCGGGGCUGGGGUACCCUGCUCCGCACGGGGGUUACGGUGCACCCCUUCCUAACCAGCAGGUGUAUGGCCUGUACUCGCAGCCAGGUGGGCCCAUGCAGCAGCAGCAGCAGCCGCAGCACCCUCCCCAGGGCUACCCCGGCCAGCCCGGCCAGCCCAUGCCCGGGUAUGGCGGGGCGCCCGCCCCAAGCAACCCGUCGAUGCCCGGCUACGGGGGAGCCCCCGGGCAAAUGCCCGCGUACCCCAAAGUCCCGUCGCCCAACCCGUCCAUGCCGGGCUACGGAGGAGGUGGAGCCACGCCGGUGGCGCCUGCGAUGAACAGAGGAUUCAGGGGAUCCAUCAAAGACUUCCCGGGUGCUGACCCACUGAGGGAUUCUGAGGUCCUCAGGAAGGCCAUGAAAGGCUUUGGAACUGAUGAGCAGGCCAUAAUAGAGCUGCUGGGGUCUCGCUCCGUCAAGCAGAGGGUGCCCAUGCUCAGGUCCUACAAAACCGCCUACGGCAAGGACCUGAUUAAAGACUUGCAUUCAGAGCUGUCUGGGGACUUCAGGAAGUUGGUCAUGUUGAUGCUGAAGAGCCCCUCUCAGCUAGAUGUCUAUGAGCUCUACACUGCUAUCAAGGGUGCUGGAACUGACGAGGCCUGCCUGAUAGAAAUCCUGUCUUCGCGCUCCAACGCAGAGAUCAAGGAGAUUGCCAGGCUUUAUAAACAAGAGUACAAGAAGACUUUGGAGGACCACAUCCAGGGAGACACCUCGGGCCACUUCCGCCGGCUCCUCAUCUCACUGGCCCAGGGUAACCGGGAUGAACGACCGAAUGUGGACGUGUCCUUAGCCAAACAAGAUGCUCAGGCUCUGUACGCAGCUGGAGAGAACAUGGUUGGAACAGACGAGUCCAAGUUCAACGCCAUCCUGUGUGCUCGCAGCAAACCCCACCUCAGAGCAGUGUUCCAGGAGUACCAGCAGAUGAGUGGCAGGGACAUUGAGAAGAGCAUCGUCCGUGAGAUGUCUGGGAACCUGGAGAGUGGCAUGUUGGCCGUCGUGAAGUGCAUUAAGAACACCCCUGGAUACUUCGCUGAGAGGCUCUACAAGGCCAUGAAGGGAGCCGGGACCAAGGAUUCGACCUUGAUGCGGAUCAUGGUGACUCGCUCUGAGGUUGACAUGCUGGACAUCCGCCAGGAAUACGUGAGGACCUACGGGAAGUCACUGUACACAGACAUUUCUGGAGACACAUCUGGAGACUAUAAGAAACUUCUUCUGAAGCUCUGUGGAGGAAGCGAUUGAGAAAACCGUGCCAACCUUAUCCCCUUUGUCAUAUUAGCUGACCUACACUACGCAUUGUAUCGCUACAAUGCUGCUCGCCCCUGCCCAUGGAAUCGAUAGAAAUAUCGAUAGAUAUAUCAUUGAGUUACAAACGCAUGAAUUAUGACGGCUGUAUGUUCUUCUUAUUGCAAGCAAAAGGUUUAAAUGUUUGCUUUUUCACUUUUGUUAUAUCGUCUAUGCUAUAUAUUUCUAUCGAAUGUGUUAUGUCGAAUCAGGUUAUAUUUCUAAAAAAAUUAUAUAUCACAGGGAAUUUAAAAGCUAUAUAUUUUUUAAAGGACGCCAUGAUAUAUUUUAAUUUGUGCCAAUAUUAUCUGAGAUUGUUUUUCAGCCUGUGUUUUCAUUUUAUAUUUAGCCAUUAUGUGUAGAAUAACAUGCAGACCAGCCAAUGGAUGAAUACCAAAGAAGAAAAUGAUUGCCAUUCAAAUUUAUUUUACAUUUUGCACAUGCUAUAAGUUUCAUCUUCCAGUUUACAUGUACUUGUUCUCGUUUGGCUUGAUACAUAUUUUUUAUCAAAUUGCAUGUUCAUGUAGGCCUACAGCACCAUACGCAACCCAUUUAAAGAAUAUUUCAUACGUUUUACAGCUUUGGUCUGUUGGACUCAGUAAAUAAAGAAUCAUAUAGUGGAAA